GUCAUAUGUUGAUGCCGAGGAAUAUGGCGGCAUAGUAAACGCACUCAUCUCGUAAGCUUAUUAUUUUGUAAAUAAUAAGAUGGCUGGUGACUCUUCUGAAAAAAAAGACCUGGAUGUCUCGGCAAGUAAGGAGCGUAAACGUAGUCGCUCACGUUCCCGGGACAGAGAUCGCAAGGGUUCUCCCGGGAAAGAACGCAAGCGACAUCGCUCACGUGAACGGAAACGCUCACGAAGCCGUUCCAAGUCUGCAGACAGAGAUCGCAGACAAAAAGACAAAGAAAGAGAAAGAGAUAAGGACAGAGACAGAAGCCGUAAGGAUCGAGAAAGGGACAGGGACAAGGAUGGCCACAGACGUGACAAAGAUCAGAGUAAAAAAUCCAGGAGCACUUCACCAAAAUUGAAGGAUGGGAAAAUUAAGCGAGAAAAAGACAAGAAUUUGGAGGAAGAUGAAGAAAAGAAGAAAGAGAAGGUCCAGCCACUUUCUUUGGAGGAGCUUCUGGCUAAGAAAAAAGCAGAGGAGGAGGCAGAAGCUAAGCCCAAGUUUUUGUCUAAAGCUGAGAGAGAGGCAGAGGCUAUAAAACGGCGGGAACUGCAAGCAGAAGAACGCCGGCGACAGAUUGAUGAGGAGAGAAGAAAGCGUAGGGUGUUCCAGGAUAUUGGAAGAAAAAUGUUAGAGGAUCCUCAAGAGAGAGAGCGGCGUGAACGCAGGGAACGGAUGGAGAGGGAGAACAAUGGAAAUGAAGAUGAUGAGGGACGACUGAAGAUAAGGGAGGAAAAGGACAAGGGCAAAGAACUUCAGGCUAUCAAAGAGCGCUAUCUAGGUGGUUUAAAGAAACGGCGUCGCACAAGGCACCUGAAUGACAGGAAGUUUGUGUUUGAGUGGGAUGCUUCUGAGGAUACAUCACUUGAUUAUAACCCUUUGUAUAAAGAAAAGCACCAGGUACAGUUAUACGGCCGGGGAUUUAUUGCAGGUAUUGACCUAAAGCAGCAGAAAAGAGAUCAGUCACAUUUCUAUGGUGACCUGAUGGAGAAGAGGCGCACCAUGGAGGAAAAAGAGCAGGAAGAACUGCGUCUAAAGAAAAUGCGCAAAAAGGAGGCCAAACAGCGCUGGGAUGACAGGCACUGGUCACAGAAGAAACUGGAUGAGAUGACUGACAGGGACUGGAGAAUCUUUAGAGAGGACUACAGCAUCACCACUAAGGGCGGCAAAAUCCCCAACCCCAUCCGCACCUGGAAGGAGUACGAGCUGCCCCCUCACAUUUUGGAGGUUAUUGACAAAUGUGGCUACAAGGACCCAACACCCAUCCAGAGACAAGCCAUUCCUAUUGGGUUACAGAACCGUGACAUCAUUGGCGUGGCUGAGACUGGUAGCGGUAAAACCGCAGCCUUCCUUAUUCCCUUAUUGGUCUGGAUCACCACACUUCCAAAGAUUGACAGAAUUGAGGAUUCUGAUCAGGGACCAUAUGCAGUAAUCUUGGCUCCAACACGUGAGUUGGCCCAGCAGAUUGAAGAGGAGACCAUUAAGUUUGGCAAACCUUUGGGCAUCCGGACAGUGGCUGUGAUUGGUGGAAUUUCCAGAGAGGACCAGGGUUUCAGACUUAGGAUGGGAUGUGAGAUAGUGAUUGCCACACCUGGUCGUUUGAUUGACGUGUUGGAGAAUCGCUACCUCGUGCUGAGCAGAUGUACAUACGUGGUACUGGAUGAAGCUGACAGGAUGAUAGACAUGGGUUUCGAACCUGAUGUACAAAAGAUUCUGGAACACAUACCUGUGACCAAUCAGAAACCAGACACAGAUGAAGCUGAGGAUCCAGAAAAGAUGACUCUAAACUUUGAGUCUGGAAAACACAAAUACAGACAGACGGUCAUGUUUACAGCCACAAUGCCCGCUGCAGUAGAACGUUUGGCAAGAAGCUACCUCAGGCGCCCUGCUGUAGUGUAUAUUGGUUCUGCUGGUAAACCACACGAAAGAGUGGAACAGAAGGUUAUCCUCAUGUCUGAAGCAGAGAAAAGGAAAAAGCUCCUGGAAGUUCUUUCUCGUGGCUUCGAACCACCUAUCAUUAUCUUUGUCAACCAAAAGAAGGGCUGCGACGUGUUGGCUAAGUCUCUUGAGAAAAUGGGGUACAAUGCUUGUACUCUGCAUGGUGGUAAAGGCCAGGAGCAGAGAGAGUUUGCUCUGUCCAACCUUAAAGCCGGUGCCAAAGACAUCUUGGUGGCCACAGAUGUGGCUGGAAGAGGUAUCGACAUUCAGGAUGUCUCAAUGGUCAUCAACUAUGACAUGGCCAAGAAUAUUGAGGACUAUAUCCAUCGUAUUGGCCGAACGGGUCGUGCUGGAAAGAGUGGUGUAGCCAUGACCUUCCUGACCAAAGAGGAUUCAUCUGUAUUUUACGAUCUAAAGCAGGCCAUCCUUGAGAGCCCUGUGUCCACCUGCCCACCUGAGCUCACCAAUCAUCCUGAUGCUCAACACAAGCCUGGCACAAUUCUCACCAAGAAGCGAAGGGAAGAGACCAUCUUUGCCUGAGGGCCUACAUUUGUCAAGCUCUGCAAAUAAAUGUCGUUUUAUUUUAUUUUUUA